AUGAGAUAUACUCCACAUCCUGCCGACCCCACCAAAACCCUUCUUAAACAAGAGGCAGUCGUGACAGUAAAGGAAGUACCUCUAACAAACUAUAUGGAGGAUCUAAUAACCACCAAAAUAUCAAAUAACGUAGGCAAGGGUAGGCAAGCUAUGGAAUGGGUGAUCAACAAAUUAAACGAUAAAAUCAAAGAUUUAACAAGGAGUACGGAUGAAAUUUUUAGUCCUACCAAAAGAUCGCUGGACGAUAUAGCGACCAGUGCAAAUAAGUCGAUGGGAAACAUUUCACAAAGAAGAGCCUGGGCGACAUGCAAAUGA